AUGGCGCAGAAAAAUGACGAGUUAAGUGAUGAUAACGUACACGUCAAAGAACUCAAACGGCUUUUCCAUUCCUGCAAUGUCGGCAGGAACGGUCUUCUCGAAAAAGACGGCCUCCAAUUGCUUUGCGAGAAGCUGAAUCUUUCAGAUUUUUCGGAGAGCAUCGUAGAUCGUGUCCUUUGCGAGGACAACGCCAUCAACUUCAAGCAAUUCAAAGACCGCUUUCUACUAUUUCUGCCGGAGAUAAUCGAUCUGGCCUCUGGGAAUACGGACGAACUACUAAUUGCGGCAUACAAAACAUGUUCAGUGCUUGGCAUCAAGGAUACCCAAAGGCUUUCAAAAUAUGAUGUUCACGCGAUAUGCGAAUCAACAUCGGAAUUGGAUUUGCUCUCGGUGCUCGACAUCAAUUUGCUAUUCGAGAAAAGCUCGAUCGGCGGUAAAGUGUCGCUGGUUGAUUUCAUCGCGCAGUAUCGUGCCAAAGAAAAAAUGUCGGAUGAGAUACAUUUUAUUGCCGAUUCCUAUCGGAUAUCAUCAUUGCAUCUAUUUGAGAAUCUGGAUUCAUUGGGCAGCGGAGAGGCCGACCAUUCAACUGUUAUUGAAUAUUUGACAAAUUCUGGUCUCAAAGUCGAAGAAGCGGUAUCAAUUCUCAAGGACAUUGGCCAAUCAAGCUCUUCCAUGGUUGGACUUGUUGCAUUGGGGAAUUACCUCGAGUCGUCAUUGUCGCAUACUCUCAAUUCGUCGCAGGUGCCCGCUCGUGCUGCCGUGUUUUGCAUGAAGUCGCUCAUUGAAAAUUAUAGGUGCUCGAUUCGAGAGUUCGAGCUUCGCUGCGAGCAUCUCCAAAAACAAAUUCAUAUUGCGAAUCAGCGACGCACAAUGCUCAUCGAGGAGCUCGAUCAGAAUCAGCAGAGCAUUGAAGCGAGCUACAACAAUCGGCUCAAAGAGAUGGAAGAGCGAUGCCGCAGUCGGAUUGCUGUUAUGGAAGAGAAGUUCCGACAAGAGCGCGUCGAAAUGCAGAGAGAAUUCGAAACGAUCGAGAAGGACUUGUCCUUGGUGCGCCAUAACGAAACAUCGCUCAAAAAUAAACUCCUUCUUGUUGAGCGCCAUAAUAAACGAAUCAGUUCUGAGCUUGAGGAGCAGACUGAAAACGUGAACACGCUGGAAAAGGAGAAUCGUCAACUAAGAACUGAAGCGCGAAAAAAACAACAAUUCCGCUCUUCCGAGGACAAUGCAAAAUUAAUGGUAUGGAAGCAAAAAGUUGAAUUAUUGGUUGCGCACAAUAAACGUCUACGUGAGAAGAUGCAGGAACUCUCAAAGAAGUCGAAGAACAGCGCCGGCACCGAUCAAGAAUCGUUCGUACAAUGGACACCGCCGUUUAAAAGUCAACUCCUUUUAAUUCGCAAACGCCGCUCACAGAAAGGCGAUACUCUUUCUGAAAUGGAAAGCGAACCGGAGUCAAUAUUCUAUCGAAGACGAAGGAAGCGGUUGUACAAGAAAAAAGACCGAAUGAAGAGAUACGAACAGAUUCAUAAUAUCACGGGUAACGAAAAUGAUGCGGAAGAAAAUGCUACCUCUACACAUGACGAAACCGGUAGAAAGAUUAUAUUAUCUCCACGAAAUCGCGACAUGUUGAACAAUUUGAAAGACAGUGACUCGACAAUUGCUCAUGACUUGAAGCUCAUUGCUCGCGCAAAGGGUGCCGGCGAACGAGGAAAGAAGUCAGAUGAAACGCCAAAUGAAAAAAACUAUGCGAUUGAAAUAAAGAUGCUGCAAAAUUCGUUGGCCACUCAAAAGCAAAUGUACGAAAUGCAAAUACUAAACUUGUCGAGAAAGGUUGCAUCGCUGCAAAAUGAGCAGCAUAAGCCGCCGGAGGCUCCGAAAGCCCGAUUCUACACACUUUUCGAAAACUACAGAAAAACAAAUGAUAAGACGCCAAGCGUCGCAUUGGGUGUUGAGAAAAACACUGGUGUUCGUAGUCGUGUUGCAGCAUCGCUUUCGGCUCAUUGCUCAAAAUGCUCACAAAUUGAGCCGAAGAUCGGCGAGCUUGCAUCGAUCGUCGGUGCUCAUAAAGAGUUCACAGUUGAAGACCCGGUGCCCUCCAUGUCUAGUCAAGAUAAAGCCCAUUUGCAAUGCGAACUCGGCCGGCUGAAAACGAGAUUGAAUUUGGCUCGCAGCAAGGUCAUCGAAAUUCAAAAUUUCUUCAACAAUUCGGGUCGAACAAAUUUGAAGCCUGAUUCGAAACUACCCUACUCUUCAAGAACACACCGCUCAUUCGCGGAUCUUCGUGAUCGAACGCCACUCUCGGAGCGAUCCGAAUCAUCAAGAGACUCGGUCGCCGAUCCGUCCCAAUUCAACAAUAUGCCUAGAAUGUUUCAGAAACAAUUUGUCUAG